CCAAUCAGCUACCGGGUUCUAUUACAGCCAGCCAAUCAACGGAUAUCGUUUUGGAAGGAAUUUUAAAACUGUACAAGUCCACACCAGACGUGUCGUUUUAGACGUAUUUAUACAAACUGAUAUUGCCUGUGACAAAAUGCCAGCCAAGUUGGAAGAUUACGAAGUCCUAUAUACCAUAGGAUCUGGAUCUUACGGAAAAUGCAAGAAAAUACGCCGGAAAAGCGACGGAAAGGUGUUGGUGUGGAAAGAAAUGGAUUAUGGCAAGAUGACCGAAUCUGAAAAGCAGAUGCUGGUGUCUGAAGUGAAUCUUCUCAGAGAACUAAAACACAAAUACAUUGUCAGAUAUUUUGACAGAAUACUUGACAAAAGUAACACAACCAUUUACCUGAUAAUGGAGCACUGUGAAGGGGGUGAUCUUUCUACUCUCAUAUCAAAGUGUCGUAGAGACAGGAAAUAUCUUGAAGAAGCUUUCAUUUGGAACAUAUUCCUGCAGCUGACAUUAGCUCUUCAAGAAUGCCAUCGACGUGAUGCGGGACGAGCCAUCCUUCACAGAGAUCUCAAACCAGCAAAUGUAUUCCUCGAUGCUGAUCAUAAUGUGAAACUUGGGGAUUUUGGUCUUGCAAGAGUCCUCAACCAUGACCACAGUUUUGCAAAGACAUUUGUAGGCACACCAUAUUACAUGUCACCAGAACAAGUCAACUAUUUAUCGUACAAUGAGAAGUCAGACAUAUGGUCUUUAGGAUGUCUUCUUUAUGAACUUUGUGCUCUAAGCCCACCAUUUACUGCUUUGAAUCAGAGGGGCCUCUCAGAGAAAAUACGAGAAGGAAAGUUUCGUCGUAUACCCUCUCAGUAUUCAGAUGAUUUGUCGGAAAUCAUUGCAAGCAUGUUGAAAAUUAAUGAUAUUCUCAGACCAAGUAUAGAAGAUCUUCUUAAAAUGCCGUGUCUGUCAUCACGAAAACGAGAAAGUAGUAGUCUAGAGUUAAGCAACUCGCUGAAAAGGAAAGAAGAGGCUCUACAAGCACGAGAAAAGCAGGUGGAAGAGAAGGAGAAGGAACUGGAAAGAAAGGAGAGAGAACUGCUCAAAAAAGAGAAGAUGGCAGAUGAAAAACUAGCCAGGGCUGAAAGCUUGAUGAAAGAGAUGAAUGGCCUUAAAAUCAAUACAAGAAUACAGGAAAUCAAAACUGAAACAGGUGCUCCAGAAGAUGUGUUCCCACAAUUCACAUUAGAGGAGAGCACCAAAUUGAAGAAAAAAUGUCCCUUGCAAGGCAAAGAAAAUGAACAGACCACUUGUCCAAGCAAUAUUGAUGAUGCCAUCAAAAUGAAGGAACUAAGGGACAGGCUUCACAAAGCAAAAUUACGUGGCAUUGAAUUAAGGAAUGCUGAACUCACCUCAAGAAUAAAAAGCAGAAAACUUCUCGGAAUGCGUUAAAGCACAGGGUUUUAUCACAUUAAUUUAAACUUUUUUAAUUCAAAGGAAAGACCGCUUUACUCUUUCUGUGACGUUGUUAGUGUACUACUAUCUCAUCCAUCUAAAUUUAAAUUUGCUGGUUUUGGAGUUUCCCGAAAAAGGAAAUAAUCGUGAUGCUUUUGUAAAAUAGAGUGCAAAUCAUUUACUAUGUAUAUUUACUUUAAUUGAAGCAGAACACCAAUUAAGACUGUAUAUUUUUCUGUAAAUAACUAAGCUUUAAUUAUGUUAUGCUGAUUACAGUGUGAACACAAAAUAAAGUAAAAUAAUU